AUGAUUGUUAACACUUCUCUUCCUCAGCCUCCUAUUCAAUUGCUUAUCCCCUUCCUCAGCCUCCUAUUCAAUUGCUUAUCCCUUCCUCAGCCUCCUAUUCAAUUGCUUAUCCUCUUCCUCAGCCUCCUAUUCAAUUGCUUAUCCCCUUCCUCAGCCUCCUAUUCAAUUGCUUAUCCCCUUCCUCAGCCUCCUAUUCAAUUGCUUAUCCUCUUCCUCAGCCUCCUAUUCAAUUGCUUAUCCCCUUCCUCAGCCUCCUAUUCAAUUGCUUAUCCUCUUCCUCAGCCUCCUAUUCAAUUGCCCCUUCCUCAGCCUCUAUUCAAUUGCUUAUCCUCUUCCUCAGCCUCCUAUUCAAUUGCUUAUCCUCUUCCUCAGCCUCCUAUUCAAUUGCUUAUCCUCUUCCUCAGCCUCCUAUUCAAUUGCUUAUCCCCUUCCUCAGCCUCCUAUUCAAUUGCUUAUCCUCUUCCUUUGACUUUUUCCUUAUUAAUUUUUUCCACCCUUUUAGGAUUACUUAACUACAAAUAUAUAUAUUUUUAA